CAAUUAUUUUUCUUAAAUAAAACUUUUUUAUUAUUUGUGGAUCAGUUUGCAUAUGUAAAGUGAUGGCCGACGAUAAUGUUAACAACGAUGAGGUAACCACCGAUGAUGUUGUUGUUGUGGUGGACAACGAGUUAUAUCCUGAAGUGGAUCUCCUAAUGAAUGCCUACGACGACUGUGACGUCCAGUUUGUAGUCGAUGGCCAAUCAAUUCCGGCGCACAAACUGUUUAUGCGGGCCAAGAGUCAAGUAUUUCGGUCAAUGUUUUCCGGCCAAUGGCUUGAAUCGGAUGGCAAACCGAUUGAGAUCCGCGAUACCACUCCCGAGGCAUUCAAAGUAAUGGUCGGUUAUAUAUAUACCGAACAUUUGAUGUUCAGCGACGACAACGGCGGCGGCAAAGAUAUGGAUCACAUCCGGGAUGUACUCAAACUCGCCGAUAGAUAUCAAUUGAAACGACUGAUGGCAAGUGUUGGCCAACAUUUGAUAUCAAUGAUAUCGAUGGACACAAUUGAAGUGAUCGGCCGAUUGGCAUUUGAUUACCAAUUGGUGGAACUGAUUGCCAGAUUGAAGUCAUUCAUUGACCAGAAUUUCAAACAAUUGAUCGGUAAAUCGCAGCCUGAAUUGAAUUCAAUCAAUACGGCUGUCAAUAAUCUAUUGUUUGAAAAGUUGUUUUCAAAUUAUCGGUCAAUUAAACAAUGGACAACAAUAUAGUUAUACUCCUUCUGGAUAUACGGCCGGUACAGUC